AUGGCUCCAACCAAAGCAUCGAAAAAUGAAUAUGUGGUCGAGAAAAUCCUCGCGAAACGAUCCGGAACCUACGGCGUAGAGUACUUAGUAAAGUGGGAAGGCUGGGCACCUUCCUCCAACACCUGGGAGCCCAUCUCACACAUCAACUGCCCCAGACUCGUGGCUAAAUUUGAAAAAGAGGCGAAAACGAAAGAAAAAGCUCCAAACAAAGCCUCUGCGAGAAACGACUACAACGUAGAGAAAAUAGUUGGAAAGAGAGCCGGAGACAAAGGAACGGAGUAUUUAAUUAAGUGGGAGGGAUACUCUUUAUCGGCGAAUACAUGGGAGCCAAUUAGAAAUUUGAACUGCCCGAAACUUGUGCAAAAAUAUGAGGAGGAUAAUAGUGGAGCUCCAAAACCAGAAUUGCCGAGAAAAUCGGUGAAACGCCCACUUGCAACAACUGAAACUGCGACCUCUCCAGUCCCCCGACGUUCUGGAAAUGUGGCUUUCAAGAAAAUAAAAUCCGUCAAAAAGGAAAAUGGCGAGCUUCAUUUUCUCUGCGAGAUGAGCGAUUGUUCGGAAAAGAAACUUUCCAAACACACGGUGUAUGAAAAGUAA